AAGUUUUAUACAUUGACAAGUGUAGCAAUCAACCUUUAUAUUCCACAAGGAAAGUGGUCACAGACUGUAAAUCAGUUUUGUUUUGUUUUUUGUUUUUGUUUUCCUCCUACAUUCUUCCGAAACUAAUACAAAUCAGAGAUCAUCUUCUUAUUUUUUAUAUGAAUCUGACAAAUUUCGGGUACAAGGUUUUGUAAUUUGUUGGUUCUUUCGAGAAACAAUGUUUAAGUCAUGGAGGAACGACAAGAACAAGAUCAAGGCUGUGUUCAAGCUUCAGUUUCAGGCAACUCAGGUGCCGAAACUGAAGAAAGCUGCUUUGAUGAUUUCAUUGGUUCCUGAUGAUGUUGGGAAGCCGACAUUUAAGCUGGAGAAAGCUGAGGUUAAAGAAGGGAUCUGUUCAUGGGAGAAUCCAAUUUACGUCUCAGUGAAGCUGAUUAAAGAACCAAAAACUGGGAUUGUUCGUGAAAAGAUUUACCAUUUCGUUGUUGCAACAGGCUCUUCGAAAUCUGGUUUUCUAGGAGAAGCUUCAAUUGAUUUUGCAGAUUUUCUUACAGAAGCAGAGCCAUUAACUGUCUCUUUACCUCUCAAAUUUGCCAACUCUGGUGCUGUCUUAAAUGUGACAAUUGAGAAGAUCCAAGGAGCCAGUGAUUUAAGAUUUAUUGAGGAAAAAAAGGAUCAAACACUUUCUAAGGAGGAUAGCUUCAAAAGCCUACAAAGCAAUGAUGACUUAGAGGAAUAUACCCAAGAUGAAAGGAGCUUAAACGUUAACACAGCUAAGAAUGUUGGUCUAGGAGGUUCCUUUGAUUCCAUAGGUGAAUCAGGAUGGAUGGAUGGUUCAGAUGGGAAUACACGCUUACCUCAACGACAUAACUCAGUUCCUGCAUCAAGAAACGGGCAUCAUAGAUCAAACACAGACUGGUCAGCUAGUUCAACAUCAGAUGAAAGUUACAUCGAGUCGAGAAACAGUCCCGAGAACAGUUUCCAAAGAGGAUGCUCUGUUGUUACUGAUUCAAGUGACCCUGUUGAGAGGCUCAAGAUGGAAUUGGAAGCUUUAAGGAGACAAUCAGAGUUAUCAGAGCUGGAAAAACAGUCUUUAAGGAAACAGGCGAUAAAGGAGAGCAAACGGAUACAAGAAUUGUCUAGGGAAGUUAGUUGUCUCAAGGGAGAAAGAGAUGGAGCUAUGGAAGAAUGUGAAAAGCUCAGGUUGCAGAAUAGUAGAGAUGAGGCUGAUGCUGAAAGCAGAUUGAGAUGCAUCAGCGAAGAUUCGAGCAAUAUGAUUGAGGAGAUUAGAGAUGAGCUGAGUUGUGAGAAGGGUUUGACGAGCAACCUUAAGUUGCAGCUGCAGAGAACACAAGAGUCAAACUCUAAUCUGAUUCUUGCUGUGAGGGAUCUUAAUGAGAUGUUGGAGCAGAAAAACAAUGAGAUAUCUUCACUGAGUAGCUUGUUAGAGGAGGCUAAGAAGCUUGAAGAGGAGAAGGGAAUGGAUUCUGGACACAAGGACAAUGAAGAGAUAGAUACGUUAAAGCAACAAAUCGAAGAUUUAGAUUGGGAGUUGGAUUCUUACAGGAAAAAGAACGAAGAACAGGAGAUUCUAUUGAAUGAUCUUACUCGGGAAUAUGAGUCUUUAAAGGAGGAAAAUCACAAACAUGUAUCUUUAAAGUUAGAGCAGCAAGAAUGCUCAAAACCGGAAGAUGAAGAAUCCAAGGAUGUUAUAGAAGAACUGGAAUCUCAGAUAGAGAUUUUGGAAGGAAAAUUGAAGCAACAAUCAAUGGAGUACUCAGAAUGUUUGAUUACAGUUAAUGAACUCGAGAGUCAGGUUAAGGAGUUAAAGAAAGAACUUGAGGAUCAAGCACGAGCUUUCGAUGAAGAUCUCGACACAAUGAUGAGGGAAAAAACAGAACAAGAGCAAAGAGCCAUCAAAGCAGAGGAGAAUCUGAGGAAAACAAGGUGGAAUAACGCUAUAACAGCAGAGCGGCUUCAAGAAAAAUGCAAGAGGCUUUCUCUAGAAAUGGAAUCGAAGCUGAGCGAGCAUGAGAAUCUGACAACGAAAACAUUGGCUGAAGCAAACGAACUUCGUCUGCAGAACAAAAACCUAGAGGAGAUGCAAGACAAAGCACGUAGCGAGAUUACACAACAGAAAGAGAUAAAGAAGAACGUGGAAGAGAAGAACGAAGCUUUGUCGAUGAAAGUGCAUAUGCUUGAAAGUGAGGUCUUGAAGCUCACAAAGCUGAGAGAUGAAUCAAACGCAGCAGCUACUGAAACCGAGAAGAUAAUACAAGAGUGGAGGAAAGAAAGAGAUGAGUUUGAGAGAAAGUUUGCUUUGGCUAAAGACGAAGCCAAGACAGCGCAUAAGGAGUUAACUCUCAGUAAAUCGUCAAACGAUGAAAAAGAGACCAGGUUACGGAAUUUAAAGAGAGAAGUAGAAGGUCUAAGCGUACAGUACAGUGAAUUACAAAACAGCUUUGUUCAAGAAAAAAUGGAGAACGAAGAACUGAGAAAACAAGUAUCAAGCUUGAAAGUCGAUAUCCGGAGAAAAGAAGAGGACAUGACGAAAAUCCUAGAUGCAAGGAUGGAAGCAAGGUCACAGGAAAACGGGCACAAAGAGGAGAAUCUAACAAAGCUAUCAGACGAAUUGGCUUAUUGUAAGAACAAAAACAGUUCAAUGGAGAGAGAGCUAAAUGAAAUGGAAGAGAGAUAUUCAGAGAUAAGCCUGAGAUUUGCAGAGGUAGAAGGAGAAAGACAACAACUUGUGAUGGCUGUCAGAAACCUCAAGAACGGUAAGAAGUUUUAGUAUUUGUAAUGUUGCUGGGAGUAACAAUUGUUGUAACAUUCAUAGAAGAAUACUAAAUAACUUGUGUUGUUAAUAGAAUUUGUUUCUCUCAUAAAACAUUGUUUCAAACUUGUCAAGAAAUAUAAUCAAGGAAUUUCUCUAUAAAGCAUUUUCUUUAGACUUCAAA